AUUAGAGGAAAGUGUUGGCCAAGUGACACCUUCGAUUUGGUCGAGGACACUAUAGAGAGUAGCACCAUGCCUCUUCAUUGGAAAUCAAGGCCUCAUUCCCCAAGGAUGACCCCUCUAUGGGAUGGGCUUCAAGAUGCUCAGGAAAUAGCUGAAGCGGGGGACACAUCUCUCCUAACGAGUCUGAUACGACAGAUGGCUGACAGAAUUGAUGAAGAGGCCAAAUUCAUGGAAACCGUUCACGGCCAGAGUCAAGCACUUGCGGUGCGCUGCCAGGCGAUUCAAAAAGCGUGCGAGGUCCAACAAAAGGAGUGGAUCAGGAUAGAGUAUGGUGGUGCAAGCUUACCUGAUGAUGGUGCCAGCAGUGCCUACACCCUGACAGAGGCACCAGAGACCUCAGACCAGCAGGAUCCUGGUAGACAAGCAGGUCAGCAUGUGCGUCCAGCUCCGUUGCAGCUGCCAGAACCUGACUGCCAGCCUGGCAGCUCAGAAGGGCCCUCGCCAAUGAGCAGCACAGACAUCACAGCAGUUGGCAGCCCUCCACAGGGAGGCGACCUCGAUCCUCAGCUGAUGCUGUGCAACCCGCUGUACAGCAUGGCCAGCCUCAGGUUCCGCAGCGAUCCCUCCGCCCCCGGCAGCGAGAGCAGCUUCCCAGAAGCCGCAUCCUCCGCCGCCGCAGCUGCCGCGCAGCCGUGCGCUGCCGUGUCGCUGUGUAGCAGCCCGGCCGACGCUUGCGCAGUCCAACCGCCGCCCAGGAGCAUGCUGCUUCCCAAACUGGCUGCGCAGAAGGCCUGGCCGCCACGGCUUGCGAUCCCUGGCAGCGAGGCAGGAGCCUCCUGCGAUGGAACAGCAACCCUCGACAGGCAGACAGCAAGCCGGCAUGCACCGGCGCCGAGUGAGGGUGACAGCUCAGCCUGGUUUGCCGCGGCUGCCGCGCACAGUGCUGGGUCCUGCGUGUCCAGCCCUCGCGCCGCUGCCAUGCUUCAGCAAAACAUGACAACCGGCAGUGAGCAGGCAGAGGCCGCGGCGCCAGCAGCCGCGGCGCCAGCAGCCCUUGCCAGGUCCAUAGCAGAGCCGCCGCAGCCUUUGGGGGGUGCGCAGGACUGCAGCCAGGCAGCAUGGCGGGACGGUGAGUGCGAUGCUGCAGCGUCCGUGACAAUGGACGCAGCCUCGCAGGCAGGGGAGGUCCCGCGUCAGGCUCGCGGCAAGCGGCCAUGGCGGCCCCGGCCGCCGCCGCCGCCGAGCUCCUGCGCGUCCAACCGGCCGCUGAAGUCCUCCGGGCCUUUCUUCCCUCCCGCGGCCCGCUUUGUCCCUUCGACGUCCGCGCGCUCGGCUGCGCACUCUGCUUUCGCCGGCCCUGACGCCGGCAUUCAGGCUCACAAACCCGAGCUUGAUGUAGCCUCCUCUGAACAGCCACAGCAGCAGCAGCAUCGACAGCAGGGCCCCUGGACAGCUGGUGGGGCAGAAGGCAACUGUGGUGAGGGAGAAGGCGGUGACAGGCUGCCAGAGGAAGGCGGCAGGAGCUGGGUGGAUGACUGCUCCACCCCAGAUACCAUGAUUGUUAAGGGCGAAGAGGCAGAUGCGCAUGUGGGCUGGAGCGCGCAUCUCCAGGGCCAGCACAUGCAUGUCUUGCGCGAGGAAGCAGAGCCGCCGCAGCUGCAGAAGGAGAACUCCGCCUCGCCGGAGCAGCGGCUGCCGGCUUUCUCAACGGUCCUGAAGCCUGGCAGGUCGGAAACUCAACACAUGCAGCAGCCGAGGGCGCCGGUGUCUACCUUGCAGGAGCGCAACAGCCCCGACGCGGCCGCGCACUUCCCUCAGCAGCUCGUCGCGCAGUCCCUCGCGGCCCCGUGCAGCCGCCACCUGCCCGGCCAGGGUCCCCUCGCCACGUCUUCCCCCGCCAUUGUUCGUGCCGCAAAUAGACAGCUCCGAUCAGGGCCCGAGCAGCUCAGAGCCUUGGUGCAAGCUGUACCCCACGCAAAUGCCCAGGCAGGCCUCACGGCUGACGCAGAGGUCUCGCUGGCAUCGCCGCUUCGGCGCUCCAUGCAGUGGGCCAGCCAAAGCAGCCGGCAGAUGCUGCCGCCUCUGCCUGAGGCACAGAGGACGGCAGGGGACAGCAACGGAGACAGGGCGCAGCCUGCAAAUGACAGGCAGGGGAAGGGCUUGAGGGAAGAGCCGCAGUCUCUGGCAAUGCUGCGGUCGUCGGGCAUCCUGCAGAGGGACGGCCCGCUGGCGGCGUCCGGCGCGGCGGCUCUGGCGCGCGCGUCGGCCCCGCAGCCGCCGGUCAGCCUGCGCCGGCCUCACCCGGCCGACCUGGAAGCUGCAGAGCGGCUGCGCGUCAGCCUUUCGUCCGAGGGCGGCAGCAGCAGCCGCGCCUCAAGCGAGCCGCUGAGUUGUUCGCGCCUGCAGCAGAAACAGGAGCCGGCCCAGGAGGAGGGUGCCCUCAGAGCUUCUGGAGGGACGCAGGCGCCGAGCACCCCCAAGCAUGCGCCGCGGCCCAGCGCACUGCCUGACAGCCCCCUCACCUGCACCAGCAGCG